AUGUCCUGCUGCAUUGCCCGCUGCUGCAGUGUCCCCACCGGCCCUGCCACCACCAUCUGCUCCUCAGACAAGUCCUGCCGCUGUGGAGUCUGCCUGCCCAGCACCUGCCCCCACGAGCUUCACCUCCUUCGGCCCGUCUGCUGCGACAACUGUCCUCCACCCUGCUGUCAGCCUGAUACCUAUGUGCCAACCUGCUGGCUGCUCAACUCUUCCCACCCAACUCCUGGCCUGAGCGGGAUCAACCUGAUGACCCACGUUCAGCGUGGCUGUGAAAACCCCUGUGAGCCCUGCUAA